UUUAAAAUGGCUGCUGUGAUGAAGACGGAAGAGAAAUGUUUAUAUGCUGUUUUAUUGGCUGUUUUAUUUAUUUUACAACCUGUAACAUCUGUCAAUGAAACGACUGUCUCCACUCUUACAUCUGCCAGCUUCUCAACCCAUCUGUCAUCCCCUCAAAAGAACUCUUCUGAAACCAAAUCUAAUGACACAAAGUUCACAGGGGCUCAAUUUAAUGACACCACUGCAGCAACCACCUUAACGCCAGUGUCACCUAAAUCAGAUAGUACUGCUGAUGCAACUCCAGAACACGGCAGUCAUACUGAGGAAAAGCUGGAUACAAAGAAGCAAAGUGUGCCAAUUCCUGAUGCCACUCUUGAAGCCAAAUCAUCUUCAGUCGUCACAGACUCUGCUAAAGAGGAGCCACAUCCUGAUUAUUAUGAGUCUGCAACCUCUUUUGAAAUAAACGAAAAUGAUGUAAACACAAACUAUGAGGAUGAUGAUGAUAUUGAAGAUGACCUACUGGGUAUAGUAGAAAAUGUCCAGCCCAAGGAAAGCAAGAUUUCCAGCCAAGACCUGCCGGAUGAUGAAUUUAUGAGAGAUGUUACAAAAGACCUGCCUGAGAGGUCUGGAAAGUUUGAAGUCCACAUGAAAGACACCACCAUCUUUGCCACCCAGAAUGAAGAUUCUCAUUUCUUCUUUCACUUGGUCAUCAUUGCUUUCCUGGUGGCCAUAGUCUACAUCACAUACCACAAUAAAAGAAAGAUUAUGCUUCUGGCUCAGACUCGGCGUUGGAAGGAUGGCCUCUGCUCACGCAGUGUAGAGUAUCGUAGACUUGACCAGAACAUUGAUGAGGCAAUGCCAUCGCUGAAAAUGACAAAUGAUUACAUCUUUUAAAAAACUGCACAUGAAAUGAAGAUGUUAAUGUAAAUGUAAAGAUGGGCUAAAUGCAAAUUGUGUUGCACAAUUAAUGAGGAUGAUGCUUCGAUUUGUGGGUUUACAAAGGAACGGUUUAUAAAGUCUCACCAUCUACUGGUUGGUUUUCUGUAAUUAUUAUUUUUACCUUUCUGUUUUAAAUAGUUUAAGAAAAAGUCAGUUGUUAAAUGUAUAGUAAUAAUUAGUAUUGGUGUAAAGUUUUACUUAGAAAGGAUUAUUCUUAGUUUAUCAUUGCUAUCCUUACAGUAAUAUGUUGAUGAAAAUUUUAUAUGUGCUUAACACAAAGAUCUGUUUUGACCUGCACUCAUUUGUCAUUUGAUUUUAAAGAAUACAGCAUGUUUUGUCUUUACAUUUUUGAAAGAAAUAAUCAAAUGAACGUCUCUUUAGGUACUUUUUGGGGCUGGUCCCAUUAAUCAUUAGAUUUAAUCCCAAUUUUUUAAUCCUAAUAUAAUUGCCUAAUCUCCAAAUUGUAUUGUAGCAUUUAAGAAAGUAUGUACUGUUUUGUUUAUGCAAACAAUCAGUUUUUGGGUCAAGGGGAAAGAAAAGCUUAUUUUGAUCUGCACUACCUGACCACAGAUAGCGUGAAAUUUGACCACGGGUAUUAACAUUUUGCAUAAACAUGAUGUGUUAUAAGUUACACCUACCAUAUAGAUAACAUUUGUGAAUAUACUUUUUUUUUUUAAUACUCAUUUAAGUUUAAAAACAGAACAAAAUAAAUAACAGCAUACAAAAAUAGUGUUGUUUAAUAAGCAACUGCCUUUUUGUUUACCUUUGUUAUUGAACAAUUUGUUACAUUUAAUGAUUAAACAAUUAUACACAGAGAAGGAACAAA